AUGCUCCGGCCAUGGCCCAGCAGCGGCGCUGUCCGCUUUCUCUACCGGGUCAAUCGGCCAUUCCUGGCUCGCCCCCAUAACACACGUAUCCCCGCCGCGACUCGUGGUCUCCAGUCCGCUCCGACGGACCGCGUCCCCCUCCGCAAGCAGCUCAAGCAGGAGGCCAAAGCCCUAAAGGCGCAAAAGAAACUGCGCAAAGAGAAUGAGGAGACCUCUAGGCAAGAAUGGGAAUUGACGGUAGGCGUGGAGAUUCACGCGCAGCUGGAUACGCAUGCAAAAUUGUUCUCUCGAGCCCCAACAUCGACGACCGAUACCCCCAAUUCCAACGUCGCACUGUUCGACCUUGCCUUUCCGGGCAGCCAACCGGAAUUCCAAGCGGCCACCCUCCUCCCAGCCCUUCGCGCUGCCAUUGCAUUGAAUUGUCAGAUCCAGCCCGUCAGCCGCUUCGAUCGAAAGCAUUAUUUCUAUCAAGACCAGCCGGCCGGUUAUCAAAUCACACAGUAUUAUGAACCCUUCGCUCGAAAUGGCUACGUCGAUCUAUUCGAGUACGAUGGCAUUGCCCCGGAGGAUGGUGACCGGGUCCGUGUGGACAUCAAGCAGGUCCAGCUCGAGCAGGAUACCGCCAAAUCCCAGGAAUACCCGCCGUCGACGCAGCUCCUCGAUUUUAAUCGCGUCUCCCACCCUUUGAUCGAGGUCAUCACCAUGCCACAGAUCCAUACCCCUGCUACUGCUGCCGCCUGCGUUCGAAAACUACAAGCCAUCCUCCAAGCAUGCGGUGCCGUGACAACGGGAAUGGAGUUGGGUGGACUGCGCGCCGAUGUCAAUGUCUCGAUUCGACGUCGGGGCGAGGGACCGGGGCAGUGUCAAUAUGACGGGAUCAGUGGGCUGGGCCAGCGCACGGAGAUCAAGAAUCUGAGCAGUUUCAAAGCGGUGGAAGAUGCCAUUGUGGCCGAGAAAAACCGCCAGAUUGCGGUCCUGGAGAGCGGCGGGGUCAUUGAAGGAGAGACUCGCGGAUGGACCAUUGGCAGCACCGAGACUCGCAAGUUGCGAGGUAAAGAAGGUGCGGUUGACUACCGCUACAUGCCCGAUCCAGAUAUUCCCCCGCUGGUCAUCGGAGCAGAUCUGAUCUCCCGUCUGGAAGAGUCUCUGCCGGCGUCCCCAGACUCGUUAGUGGUCCAAUUAAUGGGUCCCCAAUACCAUCUCUCGGUCGAAGACGCACGGCCUUUGAUUGAGCUGGACAACGGGGCUCGCCUGGAGUAUUACCAGGAUGUGGUGGACAUUCUCCGCUCUCUCCAUCCCGACCAGGACCCCUCGACCCACGCGGCUCUCACGCGAAUGGCGGGGAACUGGGUUCUCCACGAGCUCGGUGGCCUCUUGACCAAGGCAGACCGGGCCUGGGACGACAAGGUUGUUCCGGCCCAGGCACUGGCGGAUCUUAUUGACCAUUUGCAGCAGAAACGCAUUACGGGGCCCACCGCGAAGCAGGUCCUGGCCGCGGUGUUUGAUGGCGAUCGGCGACCGGUGCCUCAAUUGUUGAAGGAAGACAAUCUCCUAUUGCGGCCGCUGUUGCGCGAGGAGUACCUGGCGCUGGCUGAAGCGGCGAUUGCGCAGAACCCGCAGAUGGUCGAUCAGAUCCGCCGGAAGAAUCAGCUAGGGAAAAUGGGCUGGUUCGUGGGGCAGAUGAUGCGCACGGGUGAAAAGGGCCGUGUGGAGGCGCCGAAGGCCGAGGAGAUUCUCCGCGAACUCAUUCUGGGGAGGCAGUAG